CUCGGUAAUCAGAAGGUAUUAACCCAAACCCAAUACAGAUAUAGAUCCGUCGCGAGAAGCUCUACAAAACCUGAUAUAUAGCUUUCUGCUUCAACAUAAUUUUGAAAACCGGCAGGGUCCUUUAAGGGGGGGUCGUAAUGUGGCACAAUGAAGCCUGGUAGCAAAAAAAUAGUUUUCGAGAAAAACGCAAAACAGAAAAAAGAAGAUUAAUUAUCGAAAAUUGUGGACUUACUUCCAUAUUUGUUACCUAUAGUCAAAAGCUUAUAGGUAAUCGAUCAAUUGCGCAUCCGAUGGGCAUGUGCAGAAAUAUGUGUGGCAUAUGUGCUAGUGUAUGCCGACAUAUUUCAUACUACAAAAUGCACUUUUACCACACUGAUCUGCGGUUUUUUAGUUCUGUGUACCAAACAGACUUGUUCAGGCAAGAAACUGCGUGUUGUAAGCCGUCAGAUUCUCCAGCGAAUCUCCAGCGGGUCUUCAGAAAGCCACAAUCGAAAAUUGUAGAGUUACUUCGAUAUUUGUUACCUAAAGUCAAAAGCGUAUAGGUAAUCGGUCAUUGCGCAUCCGAUGGGCGUGUGUAGAAACAUGUGUGGCAUUUGUGCUAAGGUAUGCCGACAUAUUUCAUACUACAAAAUGCACUUUUACCACACUGAGCUGCGGUUUUUAGGGUCUAUGUACCAAACAGAUUUGUUCAGGCAAGAAACUGCGUGUUGUAAGCGUUCGGAUUCUCCAGAAGGUCCCCAGCGGAUCUCCAGAAAACUUCCGAAUUUCUAUUAGUUUCUAAGUGCUUUGGCAGGAUGGAAUAAACUUGCUAUUUUUUCAGGCUUUAUUCGUAUAUUGAUACAUGUGUUGUAUGCGUGAUCUGACGUCGUAUAUUCAUUUUUACUUAUUCUGUUUUUUCUUAUUCGCUUUCGAAAAGCACAUGCAAAACAUUCACAACGAAGAUAAAUAAAAUCUUCAAGAUGUCAGCUAAGACAGAACGGUAUGUAUUACUCCACAAAAAAAUUUAACAAAAUCUUCCAUAUUCAGUUUUAGACAAUUAUCAGCUGUUGUGUCAUCUAUGGGGGACGGGAAACGGUUUCUGAUGAUUUGUAAAACUUUUGGAGGAUAACAAAUUGCUCCAGAAACAAAUAUUUUUGCAUAUUGUUUCGGAAGAUUCUUUUGCAUUAUUUUCCAAAUUUGUUCAAAAAUUAUUUGCUUUUUGGCUUGUGCCUUCCUAUCGUCAUCCGUUGUCUUGAUGGAGGAUACAAGUUUAGACUUCGGUAUGACUGGAUCAGAUUUGAAUAAUAAAUCAAUCAAGUUAUUCGGUACUUUGUGUCCAUAUCUUUCAAAAUCUUCCAGCAAUAAUUUUUCUAAUGCCUCCAUCUGACGCUCAUAAAGUUCAGUACUUGGUCGUGGAUAACUGAAAGAAAACAAUUUUAUUUUCAGUCGGUGUAGACGUCGCAAAAAAGAACUGUCUAGUUUCUCCUUGUCACAAAGCGAAGUCGUAAGUAAAUCAAGGUCACGAUUACCACCUCUCAAUAAAUCACCAUCACAAAAAAAGUUAGAAUCAUCAAUAAGUCGUUUUGAACAAUCAUAUAAGGAUGAAUCCAAUUCGGAGGAAAGUUUUGACUCCACUGACGAUGAAAAACAACGACAGGAAGUUCUGGUGAGGAAGAUGAUUAUGAUCGCAAAUGUCAAUAUUAUUACCAGUAUUAGAAAUUUCUUAGAAACAAUCAAUCAGUUCAAAUGUCCGAAAUGUGAUAAAACUGAUUCAUAUUGUUUUCAUAUAACAAAACGUCUGGGCCUAGUAUAUUUUAUCAAUUUUAUUUGUUCCAACUGUGAAAAUGUUAUACGUUUUACUAAUGGUGGUAGAAUUAUGACAUCACAAACCAAAAAUUCACAAAUGACGGACAUGAAUAUGAUGUUAGUGUUAGGAGGAGCUUUGGUAGGAUUGAACAGACGUGGUUUGAGUAAAGUUGUAGGCACGUUAGGCAUGUUACCACCUGUCAAAAUGCGAAAUUUUCAGAAAUACGAAAACGAACUAGUUGUAGCUACAAGAGAAGCUGCUGAUAAAAGCAUGAGCACUGCUGCGAAUGAGGCUAGAAGUCACUUUAGCAGUAAUGAUACCAGUGUAUCCGUUGAUGGCACUUGGAUGACACAGGGUUUUAGUUCAUUACAUGGAGGUGGCACUCUUAUCAGCGUUUCUAAUCCGUCCAAAGUCCUGGACUACGAGAUUCUUAGUCGCAAAUGUUCUGUUUGUUGUGGUCUGUUAGGUAUAAAAGAAAAAGAUGGCGAAAAGUAUAAGGAAUUACUUGAUGAACAUUUAAGCGGAUGUGAAGCCAACUAUGAGGGUUCUGCCGGAGGAAUGGAAAGCGCAGCAGUAAGACACUAA